UGUCUGACAUCCUCCUUAUAAAGGAGCUGUAAGGAGCUACUUUGGCUCAUUUGGCUCCCGACAUCACAUCACAUCAACUUCACAGUCAUUCAGUCACCUGAAGAAGAGUUUAUUCAACAAUGGAGUCCUCACGACGUUUAUACAUCCACAUACCAGAUGAAUAUGAAGAAUUUCAAAUAUCUGGUGAAUGGGACCAUGGGAUUGUUGUUAGAGAUUUGAAUCCAUAUUUGACAGACAGUGAGCUUCACAACUACUUUGAAAAAUUUGGGACAAUUACAGAAUGUGUAUUUACAAUCGACAAGUCAUCAGGAUGGCCAAAGGGUGUGGGCUUUGUGAGAUACUCAUCUGCAGAGGAGGCUAAAGCAGCAGAAGAAGCCGGGCCACACUGCCUUGGAGGUUUUCACUUAUGGAUCAACAAAGUUGUUACACCAAAAAUGGCUGCCCAGAACAGAUUUGACAAUCAGUUAAAUAGUCUUCCAUGCCAAUCCUUUCAAACAGACCUGUGUGUGAAUUAGAAGUGGAAUAUAGGAGCACCGACAGUUACUGGCUGGAAUGAUUUACACUAAACC